AUGAAUAUAUUUAAAGGAAAGAAUAAGAAGGGUUUAUCCCAUAAACAUAUUGGUGGUGUUAAACAGAGACACCCAGAUGGAAGAAACGGAAGGAGACAGCAACAAAGAAAACUACAAGAACAGCAACAUCAGCAGCAGCAGCAGCAGCAGCAGCAGCAGCAGAAAGAUGAACAGCAUCAGCAUCAUCAGCAGCAGCAAGAGGUGGAUGACCCCCGAGUAAAUGCAAAAAAAAAAAACCCCACCAACAAUAAGGAGGAAGAUAUGACUAUAACCGAUCAAAAUGAUGAGCAUAUAAAGCAAAAGGAGACACUUUCUAUUCGUCAGCAGAAAAGAGUCUCUAAAUUAUUAGCAGCACAGCAGCAGCAGCAGCAUUUGUUGCAGUUACAGGAGGAGGAGCACCAGCAGCAAGAACAGCAGCAGCAGCAGCAGCAGUCUGCUGCUGCACUAGGGGCGUCUCUUGUUAUAGGAGGGAGACAACUGCAGGUACUCCCUGCUAUUACUAAGGAUAAGGCUAAACAUCUUACACAGGAUAAACAACAGCUCAGAGUAGCUGAGGGUCUAAAAAGACGGGGACAUCCUCUUGCUUAUUGGGGUCUCCCUUUGCAGCCAUUUAAGGGUUUAUCUGCAGCAGAAGAACAGCUUGCUGCUGCUGCAUAUAGGGAGACAAAAGAAAAAUUAAAAAACCCUAAUAUCUUUGUUAAUAAAAAACGUCUUUGUUUACGUAAUUUACCUCGAUGGGUAGAUGCAAACUUUAUAAGAGAAAAAAUUUCUUCUCUUUUAUCUAAUAUAUUAAGGGAGCAUGCAGAGUCUCCUGCUGCUGCUGCUGCUGCUGCUCUUGCUGCAGCAGCAGCAGAGGAGGUAGAGGUAGACCCCGAAAAGCAGCAGCAGCAACAGCAGCAGCAGCAAGAACAGCAGCAGCAGCAGCAGCAGAAGGGGAACAAGGGGAAGACAACAAGCAGCGGCACAUUAAAGGAAUGGAAGGCAAAGGCAGCAGCAGCAAUAACUAAAACACUCCAACUUAUGCAUGCAAUACGUGAUGCACAAGGAUUCUUUAAUCAGGAAUUGCUGCAGCAGCAGCAGCAGCAGCAGCAACAGCAGCAGCAGCAGCAGCAACAGCAGCAGCAGCAGAAGCAGCAACAUGAUAGGAAACCUAUUGUACAGUUCGCACUUGAAGAUGCGAGGAAAGUCAAGAUUAGGGAAGGAGACAAAGGGAGAAAAGGAGACAGCAGAAGCUUGCUGCAGCAGGAGGAGCAGCAGCAGCAGCAGGACCUGGAGAAAGUGUGUCUGCAGAACAGCAAAGAAAGCAGCAGCAGCAGCAGCAACAGCGGCGACUGCAGCAGCAGCAGCAGCAGCAGCGGCAGCAGCAACUGCAGCAACUGCAGCAACGACAUAAGAGGAAGAUGUCUGAGCAUGCAGAAGGAGGGAAAAGAAAAUGUAUAA